CAGACGGAGGACAUGUACGCGCCCGUCAGAAUCAAACCACACCCCUUUCUUUAAACUCGUUUGUGUGUAAUUGAUAUCGUGCCUGAAGGAAAAAAAAACAAACGGCUGAAACUUCUGUAUUUAGAGGCAGAGAAGUGAAAAAGUUACCAAGGGGUCCGCUGUUAAGGAUGGACUCUAAGAUACCCCCUGACAACAGAUAAACCAUGCAGUACAGAAAUGGCUGUCUGAUUGCAGUCUAAGAGGUUGUUGCCCUUGUCAAGUACAAAUGGAACACGAAGUUGUGGAGGAUGGGUGGUGCUGGUGUUAUUAAAAAUGUUAGAAAGCUUAAAAAAAAAAAAGUUGUCAUCUAGUUGUAUUAGAUGGUGAGGAAGUGCAGUCAGGAGAGCUACUUUUUGCCACAGAAUUGUAAAAUCAUUUACCUUUGGACUUUAGUCCAAGAAACCAUUGUGACAGUUAAUACAGCAGAUAAAAAUAAUUGACUGAUGGAGUGCAAUGAGAGAGUGUUUUGUGGGUCAGGGGAGGUAGAGCUAGACCCCAACAUUGUGAGUGAAGAGGCAGGAAAGCUGUAUUCAGAACUACAGACAGUUAUUGAGACCCAUGGUGAAGGUGUGGUCGAGUCCCUGGUACCCAUAUUUGUGUGGGUCCUGGAGGGGCUGGCCAGCUGCAAAGCCCAGCUGAGAGACAGGGAGGAGGAGGCAGAGAGGGAGAAAGCUGAACGAGAAGAGCUGCUGGAGAGAUACCAAGCAGAGAAAGCACUGAGGAAAGACAGUCAAGAGAGGUAUCUGGAGCUGGAUGACCAAAUUGAACAGGAGAGGAGAGCCAUGAAGGGGAGGGAAAAGGAGAGAGAACGGCGAGAGAGAGAGCUAGAGAAGAAAGCAAGAGAGCAAGCUGAUCAGUUGGUGGCCUUGGAGGAGCAGAAAGCAAAUCUGAGUAGAGAAGUGAGCACACUGAGGCACACUCACAACAAGCUGGCUCACACAUAUCGGGAACUUUUGGAAAAGGGAAAGGAUUCUGAAAGGGAUUCUUCUUUAAGGAAUCACAUGCGUCCCAAGAAUGCUGAAUCUCCAUCCAACCAAGUUUUGUCUGAGUCCAGUGUUAAUGAAAAGCAGAUGGUUCAAAGACCACACUCGCACUCUGGUCCCCCCUGUCUGGAAGAUCUAGUAGCCAAGGAAGAAAAGGCGAUUGACAUUGCAGUAAAGUCCCCCGCAGAUCAGUUUGUUUAUCAUAUCAUAAGCUCCACUCCUGAGCUGGCACAGUUUCAUGGCUGUGUGGAUGCAAGUACCCCAGUUAGACCUAAUACUGAGGACCCACCGAGCGAUGAGUUGGAGACCAGCUUGGAGGAUGAGAUGAAGGAGGUGGAGGAGAAGGAGGGAAAGAAGGAACACAAAGCAGAAGAGGGGAGCAGGCAUGAAAAAGAUGAGGGAGAGGAGUUGGAGGAAGAUGAUAGUAGGGAGUGGGAGUUACGCAACACUGACUCUGUGUUUUCUGAACUGUCAGAGCUGAGUCGGGAUUGUGUGGAGAGUGUAGACCGAGGGGCCAGUGUGAGAGGCAGCACAGACCAGUUUGAGGAGAUUCUUUCCCAGUAUGAGGAACUGAAAGUCACCCAUGAGUUGGUAGAAGCUGCCCGCAAGGCUUUGAUAUCUCGGGUAGCAGAGCUGACUGAUGACCGUUCAGAUCUUAAACUGGAAUUGACCUCUCUUCAGGAAACCGCUUCACGAUUGGAGGGGCGGAUGAAGGAGAAAGAGGAGGAAACUAAAAGACUUCGGAAAGAACUGGAAGCAUGCCAAUCGGAGGAUCCUGAUGCCUCUCUCCUCACAUCCAUGCGCCACUUCUCUCGUUCUGAAAUGGCUCGUGUUGUUAUGGAGAAGAACCAGUACAAGCAGCGUCUGUUUGAGCUGCAGGAGGCAAUAAGACAUAGUCAGACAGUCAGAGCAACAAAGGAAGAGAAGUUAACAGAUUACAAAAGGUCAAGUGUCUGGAGAAGGUUCAACCGCUUAUUUGGCCUGUCCAAGGAACCCUUAAUCCCACUUCCUGCUCCUGUAUUCACCAUGCCAGCUUCCCCAUCAAUCAAUCACUCUCCUGGGGGGUCUCCACAGCUACCGGCUCUUAGUCAGACUCAGGCUGAGUCUGCUUCUCCUGCUGCUCUCUCACCUCGUGUAAGGAGGAGGGAGCUGUACCGAGAAAUUCGCACCCACAUUUGGGGAUGUCUGGGAAAACGGCAGAUACAUGGCUGGAGCACACCACUAGCAAACACACAGGAGUCGCAUGAACCGGUCCCAGAGCCUAAAGAUGUACCUGUUCUAGUGCAGCUCAGGCUGUUGGAUCAGAGAGACUCCACUGCUAAGCUGAACUGUGCAGUUGCAGUCACGCCUGAGUUCUCAGGAGAAGCCACAAGUUCUGUGUGGGUGGUUUCUGGUCCUGCCUCCAGCAGUGAUAUUACAGUGAUUGAUCCAGCACGGUCCAACACAGUACUGGAUCAGUUCAGCCUCCCUCCCACAGCUCCUGCACUCUGCAUCUGUGCUGUGCCUCCCAUAGGUGAUACCACAGGAACUGUGUGGAUUGGAACUCAGGAAGGAAGUAUACUGGUACACUCAGCCUCUGCUGGCAGGAGGCGCUGUCUACAGACUGUUUCCCUCUCAGAGGGUGUCCAUUCACUCACGUAUUCCCAGGGUCAAGUCGUAGCUGGUUUAGCUGACGGGACAUUAGCCUUUUUCUCACACAGUUCAGGCGGCUGGAACCUUCUGUCACACUCGGUGAUGCCACUUGGAUCAAACCCUUUGCAGCCCAUUCGCUGCUGCCUUGCAAAAGGUGGCCGCUUGUGGGUGGGAUAUUGGAACAGAGUCCAUGUAGUUGACAUUGACAGCAAGAAGGUUGAGCAAACAUUCUCAGUCUCUGAGCGCAAUGAGCAGCAGGUUCGUUUCCUGUGUGCUGGUGGAAGUGGUGUUUGGACAUCUUGUCGACUUGACCCAAUCCUCAGGCUGUUUGACUGGUCGACUGGACGGCCACUACAGGAAGUCGAUUUUACUGCUUUGGUCACUAAAACAUUAGGCCCACCCUUCCUGACACUCUCACCUCUCCAGAUCUCGUCUCUCACAGUCAUCUCUGGCCGUCUGUGGGUGGGCACCGGAGGCGGUGCCAUUUUCUCCAUCCCAUUAUCCAUUACAUCAGAAGCCGUUUCCAUCCCAUAUUGCUCCAUUGCAUCAGCCCAGCUGUGUUACCAUGGACACAGACAAGCUGUCCGAUUCAUCAUUGCUGCACCCGGUUGUUUGAUGACCUCUCCUGGCAGCAGCACUGUCACUACCUCUCAGCUUAUCCUUAGUGGAGGAGAGGGCUACAUCAACUUCCGAAUUGGAGACGAUGCAAGUGACGCAUUUGGGACGCAAAUUGAGUUGUCCCAAGCUACACCUCAACGGUCUGAACGCAGUCACAUGAUCAUUUGGCAGAAUCCUACACCCUCUAUGCCCAGCCCUGCCCUCUGACAUUGUUCAUCUCCUAAUUCUGCCCUUUCGGAAUAAGAUAAAGCUGAAGCAGACAUAGACUGUACACCAGCGAAGCUAGAGACAACAUUGGAAAUGUUGCUUUCAUGACACUGAAUGAACCAGCGUCUCAGUGUGGCAGCAAUAAAAGUAUCCUUAAUAAAUAGAGGAUUUACACAGUUUCAUCUUUGUUUACCUCAUUAAUUUUGUACAUCUAUCUUCUGACUGGAUUAUCCUAAUGGAUGAUGAUGCCUAACUGUGUGCCUUCAUCUGAUUUUACAUCAGUGCUGAGUAAUGGCUCAGUAAUUCAGCUGCCUGAUUGUUAAUCGAUCAUUUUUACCUUUGAACUGACCGUGCAUUUAGUUUCACUGACAUACAGCUCUCUGAUACAUUGUUCCAAUGCUUGUCGAAGAGCAUGCAGAGUUGUUGUUUACAUUCUCAUUCCAACAAGGGGCACCGGGUCUUUCUGUCGUACAUCUUUUGAUCAUAAAGUCUAACUUAAGUAUGUGUCUGCUCUUGAAGCUGCUGUGUACAGACUUUGUUGUUAACUUGAACUGGAAACUGGUUUUACUCUAUUACUCUUCUCUCAUCUGACAAUCAGACACUUUUUUUCUCUUAUCUCCUGAUGCUGCAUUUAGAUUGGUGAUAACUUUUGUGGUGUGUAUUUUUGCAAUUUCUAUGAGUAUUAACUCAAAUUCUACCCUUCCACAUUGUAUCUGUUGUAAUUACAAAUAACUGCACAUUAUAAAUGUCUGUAUGUGUGUGUGUGUGUGUGUCUGAUAUCCCAUCCCCUAACUGAACAAUUUCAGUGCCUGCCUUUAUAAGUUAUGUAUCUUCGCCAUCAGAUCUUUGAUGUCUUCCUUUAAGUGGCAUGAAAUGCUUUUGGUGUCUUAAUUUAUUUUAUGUUUUAAUUUCAGUAUCUUUUGUAAAAUAAGGCAGAGAAAAUCUUUCAAGGGUCCUUUUCAAUAUUUAUGUGCAAUUACAAGUUUGUGUACACAUGUUGAUGUCAUAGCAGCUCCUUAUCGUUCUGAGAAAGACAAUUAAGACAUGAGUAUUGAUGUAAACUCCGCUGUGUCCAAACAUUAUUAUCAUCAGCAUUAAAAAUGUCUUCAAUGGUUAAUGUAGUAACUUU